AUGUCUCCGACUCAUGGCUAUGACCCGAAUCUAGUAAUUGAGGCAGGUCCAUCCAACUAUAGCCAAACCUGGACACCAACACCUAAACAGCACCGCCGUAUUCUCGAAGAGGAUGGGUUGCAACUUGGCGUCAAUGGCUUCGUUAAGGAGGGAAUGUACUGGCAGUCCGAUGAUGAGGCGUCCAUGGCCGACUCGGAAGACGACGACAUCCCCAUGGAUGUCCACGAUGCGCAUCUCGAGUCUAAUGACCUCGGUAUCCACGUGGCCAGGCGGCUAGAAGCCACGGCGGACGCCUACGGUGUUCGGAUGAGGACCGUGGCUGGGUUCCCGGAGCUGAACGUCUUACAAACGUACAUUCCUUCGUCCAUGAGCUCGCCCUUGAACGACUCCCAGACUGCGGCGGUAUUCUGGUACUUCGUCAACGUCACCGGGCAGAGCAUGUCCCUUUACGAAAGACAUCCCUUCGACCCUACACCCAUGUUCCAGGGCCAACCAGUGCCCAAGACAAGGCAACAUAUCUGGACCUACACCUUUCCCAUCAUGGCCUUCAACCACCCGGCGCUUAUGCAAGCCAUUCUCGCCCUAGCCGGUCUGCAAAUAGCCAACCUAGCCCGCGUCCCCGCCACAGCAGCCAUGAAGCACUAUCAUCUCAGCAUCCGCCGAGUCGCCCGAAACUACCAAAGCGCCAGCCGGCGCGUACAGCCCGCCACGCUCGCAGCCACGCUCCUACUCGGCUACUACGAGGUCUGGAACUCAGAUCACGACAAGUGGUGCCGGCACAUGUGGGGGGCGCGGGCCAUCAUGAAGGAGAUUCCAUUUCUGAAGAUGACCAAGGAGAUCUUUGCUCACCAGCGAGAACGACGACAGGCCGGGUUCGUCGGACAUCCCUGGAUGGAUCCCAACGCUCCGCUUGAUCCUGAUCUCACGCUUUACGAGGUCGAUACGGAUCUGAUCAGCCAGCUGAUGGGCAUAAAAGUCACUUAUGAUGAUCCCGAGGUGGCGAGCAAGAAGGGGCCGUAUACCGAGAAGGACAUCGAGACUUAUCAACAGCUGAGGGAUCUGUAUUGGUGGUAUUGUAAGAUGGAUGUUUAUCAGAGCAUUUUGGGUGGGACGAGGUUAUUUAUGCCGUACGAGCAAUGGGCUCAGUGUGCGCCGAGAGGAGAGUGCGGGAGGAUGGAUGCCGUUUAUGGCACCUUCGACCACAUCAUGCUCCUCUUGGGCCGCGUAGCCAACUUCGCCUCCCGAGACUUAACCCGCAAGCGAAAAGCGCGGCGAGCCGGUGGUGGUCCUCCUGGCAGCGCUGGACGAGGCCAAUCUCAAGGACCGCCAGGACAACAAGGACCACCAGGAGGACAAGGACCACCACCACCAGGGGCAGGCCAAAUGCCUCCCGGCUGCCAAGGCGGUCCUCCUCCCGGCCACGCCGGCGGCCCACCCCGAGGCGGCCCCCCUUCCUCCGCCGGAAACGGGCGCGGUCAAUCGCCCCCUCUCUUUGCCGGCCUCAUGCCCACCAAGGGCGGCAAAUUCGUCCCACCCCAAGGCUUCUCCCCGCCCCGCGACCAAACCCCCGACACCGAAACCUCCGACGACGUGGACUACGACACGGCGACCCACGCCGCCUUCCGCGAAUGGGAAGAAAUCCGCGCCGCCUUUGAACUCUUCCGCUCUCAACUCGGUCCCGACUUUGAGCCCAUGGGCCCCGACCUUGCCACGCCCGAAAACACGCCCUUUGGGCCGGCCCUGAUGUACAGAACCUACAGCAUAGCGGGCAUCUGGAUGAAUUACUACAUGGGACUGAUUGCCCUGCAGCGGGCGCACCCUUCCAUGCCUCCCAUCGCAAUGAUUGCUGCGGGCAUGUCAGCGCAACAGACGGCGCCGUGGGCGUAUACCGUGGCGAGGAUUGCGGCGGGACUGCAUGAGGAUACGAGCCAUGUUAGUGCUGUUAGUACGUUGGUCGGGGCGGCGUUCAUUGAGAGUGGGUUUUGUUUGUUUGUUGCUGGUAUUCAGUUCCAAUCCCCUCCCCAACGCCACUGGCUAAUCUCCCGCCUGCACGACUUCGCCCGCUUAACAGGGUGGCAAUCCGCCCGCCAGAUCGCCGACGGGUGCGAGUCCGGGUGGAUGAAAGCCGCCGAGAUGGGUCGCGGUCCUCCCUAUCGUCGCCCGCCUGAGCUGGAUAAGAUCUUUCCUUCGAGUUUACCCGUUUGGAUGAGACCGAGACGUAUCGAUAAGAAAAUUAGGGAACAGGAGGCGAGGCAGGCGGGGGAUAAUCGGCUAGUGUUGGCUAGGACGGAACAUGCGCAUUUUGCGCUGGGAUUACUUACUGUGGAGCAGGAUUUGGAUCGGUUGGAACUGAGUGAGGGGGAGGGAUCUUGA